AUGAGUCGAUCUCGGCCACGUCGUGGCCCUCGAGUACGCUAUGCCAACGAUGAUAGCGACUCCGACGACUUCUCCGAAUUCGAGACCCGAUCCCAACCUUCGCGAGCCGUCCGUCGAGUCCAGACAUAUCGAGAGUCGAGCGAUGAAGAAAUUCAACAGUCCUCGGAAGAAGUGCUUGACUCUUCAUCGGAGGAGAGUCCACCUCAAAGAAUGGCAAGGAUGCGUGGUUCAACACAAGAUGCGAUGUCGUCAAACACGCGAAAAAGAAAAGCCCCCCCUACGACAAGACCCUCCACCGCGAAUGCUUUCACUGCAUACAAGCGACAAAAGAUUCGACCCUCAGAUCUUCCUUCCAAACCAGGCCUAAAUGCCACCAUCAUCACACCCUGGCAUUCUCCAAAAGGACAAAUACCUCCCUGGCAACAACUUCCAUACCACAUCCUUGUGAACAUCAUGAAGUACGCGGCCUAUCCUCUCUACGAACAAGCGUCGCGCAACACUCCUUCCAUAAAUUGGCUUUGUUCCGUUUCUGUCCUGUGUCGCUCGCUCCACGACGCCUGCAUGGCAGCUUUGCUCUACAGUCCUCCUUUAUAUCCGGCCUGGCGAGCCCAUGGCCUCAUACGUUUGCUCACGGCGGACCCCGCGGGCCUGAUGACAGACUAUCGGAAAAAGAUCCACCAUGUCGACAUUGAAGUCAAGCAACUCCUCGUCAAAAAGAGUGGCAUUUCAGUUGACAAUUUGAUUUCCCGGACACCUCUUCUCCAGAGCAUGCGCUUGUAUUCCAAUCACGACGACUUCCGAACCUCAAUAUGGGCCCAGCCUACGGCGCAGAGGUUCAAUUGGUCUUAUCCAGCAGAGCUCUUUGACCGUCUUGAUAGCAAUAGUCUUGUGAUGAAAAGUUUUGAGUGGAAUGGCAGAUUCUCCAAUGCUAUAGGUGCUCUUCAAACGGCGUUUUCCGCCCAUUGCCGACCCGCAUUCAGAAGACUUCGUGAAGUCUCCCUUCUCAACAUGACCCUACCCGAGAAAUCAACCGAACUAGAUGUCGCCAAAGCGCAGAGCCUACUUGGUGGAGCAUUGAAGGAGCUUUCCGGGUUGGAAAGUCUAUCGUUUCGAAAUUGUGCGAUAUUGGACGAGGCCACGGCUGCCAUGCUUCCAACCGGUCUCCAACAUUUGGAAGUGGCACAUUGUUCUCGCCUGACAUCGACUGCGCUCGAGCAGUAUUUACUCACAGGAGGGAGUACAUUGACGACACUCCGACUCUUUGGUAACCAGUCCAUGUCCCUGGGUUUUAUGGCGAACCUCCAAUCUCUUUGUCCUCGUCUCCAAAAUCUUGAGGUCGACAUGAUAUACAUCGAUCCAACAUCAUACCGUGAUCGAGAUCCACUCUACGACGAAUUACUGCCCAAUGGUCCCCCCACUUGGCCCACCAAUCUCGUCAAUGUGUCUGUCGAAAAUUUGCGCCAGCUGUCGGCGGCAGAUGCGGAGGAAUUCUUUGCAUCACUCGUGGAUUGUUCUGAGAAUCUGCCAUCCCUCAAAAAGCUCAACAUCAAAGCAAUCUUAAAGGAUGCCAGCUGGCGAGACCGUGCCAAGCUGAGAAAAACAUGGUUGCCCAAGCUCGAAAAUGUUUUUCUUAAUACCGCCGAACCGACAAAUGCAAGCAACAGACCGUCCAAGAGAUCAUCACAACCUUCGCAACGACAGAGCACACGAAUAGCCAACAGCCACCUCAAAAAGCUGAGCUUAGGGGACGUCACCGACGAAAGCGAGGUGCCCAUGCCGAAAACUACCCAAGCUAGGUGUGAUGUGGUUAAUCUGGUCAUAUCCGACCAGAGGCCCUCUCAAGAACAAUUCCACGAAGAUGAUUUUUUGGACGACGAGCCAAGUGACGACGGUGAUUGGAACGGCCGCGAUAGUCAGCCAGUCUCUACCGGGUACGCAUGGUGA